AUGACCCGCCUCGUCGCCGGCGUUCUCACCGCGGGUGGAAUUAUUCCAUUUGCUGUGCUUAGUCGCCCAGGGCAGCAGCGGCUCGAGCAUGAGCAGUGGCUCGCUCCGCUUCGGAGAGCGCUGGGCAGACCCUCGCUGAACGCCACAGAGAUACAGGUCACGUACGGCUGCGUCAUCCUCAGUUUUGUGGGCGCGCCGCACUGGGGCUUCGCGCUCAGUGGCUUCCUCUCCAGCUCGAUGGCAGCAACCUCCGCGAGACUGACUUGGGGAGUCAUUCCGUCGCUUCUCGCCUGGCCUUGCGCCUCCUGCCCAUCGCCACUCUCCCUCGAUGCGCUCUCCGCUGGCCUCGCGGCCGCCUUCUGCGUCGAUGGCAUUUUCGCGGCGUGCAAGCUCGUCCCGCGUGGGUACCUGUGGCUGCGCGCGCCCCCUACAAUUGCUGCGUCUCCGGUCCGGCGGCUUGCCUAA